AUGAGUUCAUAUGAUAUUUCAAGAAGUGAAGCCCGCUGCAAAGAUAUACCUGGACCGUCGAAUUGUGAACAAGAGGUUAUCUACGACGAAAUGCAAGUUGAAGAAUUGGAACACUAUGAAAUAGAAGAAGUGGUUCAUGACUUCCAAGUUAGCGACACGCCUUAUCUAGAAGAACAGACACAGUCUUCCCAUCCAGAUGUCAAACGAGAAGCUAGAACUCUGAGUGGUACGGAUGUUCGCCGACAGCCUCAUCGAAAUUCUCGUGUUAAAUCGUUCAGAAAGUUGCUCGACUCCUCGAACAGAGGAGAUAGCGAUGAAGAGCAGAGGGCUAACUGUCUCGAAGUGGCUCCUGCGCGUGUGUUUGUAACAAAUGAUGUUGUUGGGAUGCAUCUUGACUGGCCUUUAUACAGCCAGCAAGUGGAGUCAUUUGCGACCAUUGCGUACAUAAUAGUGAGCGACGCAGCAUUGGUCCGCAGUUCUCUUAUAUGCAUGACUGUACCACAAGAAUUCACAGAAGUUGGCACAUUUGUAAUAGCGAUGUCCAGCCUACAAAAUCGUCAUGAAGUAACUUUGGACGGUCUUGGCUCGUGGGGAUCACCACAAGGUACCACUAAAUUCUAUCAUUUUUGUCCUAGUACACGGAAGUUGAUAACAGCGACACCAGAAGACUACACAUUUAAGGUGCAAUGCAACCGGUACAUUCAUCCAGGAACUGACGAACGUGGGCAUUUUAUCAGGAAGAUCUAUUGUGGUAUGACAAGCUCUGGCGAGGGGUGUUCCUAUGCGGUUACCACAUAUUCUUGGGAGGGUACUCCACACCCGAUCACUGUCACAGUGCCUUCAUCGCUACCUGCAAAAUUACGUCCUUAUGGAGCAAGGAGUUGGGAGGCUGCUGACAUUGAUCUGAGCUUGGAUGAAGGUGUUAUUUAUCGUGGGCAGCCGCUGCUGUCGCGUGUUGCUGUGGACUUCAGCUCUGCAUGUAAAAUUCUACUCGCAGGUGUCGAAAUUGCGCAGCACAGAAUCUGCGCACACGUGCCACGGGAUUUUCGAGAUGGCGGGACGUUUGUGGUGGACAUUGAAAGUUGUGGCGGAGAAAGGGCGCUGUGCAAAGAUGGACAUGAAUGGUCAAAACCUUCUGGAAGUAGUAGGUACUUUCGUUUCAACGACGAGGGUACAGUAUCUCGAGUAGACCGUGCUGGAAUAAUACCACUGGACAACGAAUUUGACGUGCAGAUUCUUGCGAAACGGUAUGAGUGUAAUGACGAGCCGAGCUUCGUUCGGAAAAUAUACAUUGCUCGAGAUAAGUCUGACGAGCCACGGGUGAACACACAUGUGGCGGUUCUGACAUACCACUGGAAGUCUGAACCAGUCACAGCAAGAGCAAAUAGAGAUGCACUUAUUGCGAAGAAACGCCGGUCCGAAAAUCCAGAAACUGCAGAUGUAGAAGGUCGUGUUCACUUGGGCGACAAUGUGGCACCACUUCAUAUGAAGAGGCUGAAAUCAGCGGCUCGUUUGCGAUCUGUUGGACAGAUCUUGAAGCCAAAAGAACUGCCAACGAUCGAUGUGUUGUCGCGAGUUCGUCUUUCGCACGCAGACCAUCUGCGUCGUUUGGCGUUGAUGAAAAAGUCGGAAAAUCUUUGCCGCCUAGCUUCUAUACUAGACCGUGCUGAACCGAUACUGGAGCGAUUUGAGCAGUACUUUCUUUCCCAUUGCCAAGAUGUCCGUUCGUUCAAUGACCAUGAAACAGUGUGGGUCGAGCAGCACGAGUUGGCGGAUCGGAGAUCGACACUAAAGACUGAUCAACGAUUAGAAGAAUGCAUUAUUGUAGAUGAGGGAAGAGAUCAAACUGAGAUGGUGUCACCCAGUUGCAUAGAGGUUGUGUACGAAAACUCUAAUGAAAAUCAGACAUUUUCUUGA